AUGACGGAUCAGGAGGAAACCACUCCCCUUGAUGUUGGUCAUGACCAUCUUUCCAUGUUACAGUAUCAGUUUAGAGAAACACCGGCUUCUUUGAAAAUGGAAGAGUGGAAUGAUGAUUCCCUUAAAUUUGCAAAAAAUGCAUUCAUUCUUGUCAUUGGCCAAUGUACUCAUGAGCCCAUGCCACAAGGUCCUCACUUUAUUUUAGAAAACGACCUUUUGUUUCGGGUAGCGGAGCAUGAGGAGGAGGUGUGGAAGUUGCUGCUAAUACCACAAACCUUCCAGCGGCAGGCAGACGCUUCAGACACAGGCUUGCGUGCCAUGCUGAGCCAGAGCGUCAAUGAAGAACAACUACACACUCCAAUGUACAUUAUCAUUUCUAAUCUUGCUUUAUCAGAUAUUGUUUACAGUAUAAUCAUCAUGCCUAAAAUUAUUGAGAUGUAUCUGUUCAAUAAUUAUGCAAUGCAAUUCAAUGCAUGUGUGGUUCAGAUGUGCUUUUUACAUUUCAUUGGUACUGUAGAAAGUUUUCUUCUUGUAGCAAUGGCUCUUGAUCGUUAUGUGUCAAUAUGUAAUCCUUUAAGAUAUCCAUCAUUAAUUACACAUAACUUGACAUAUGUAAUGUGCUUAGUUUGUUGGGUAUGUCCUUUAUUUGUUCCUGGUCUUCUGUUUGCCUAUUAUGUUGGGCUGCCAUAUUGUGGACCUAACAAAAUACCACAUUUGUACUGUGAAUAUGGUUUAGUUGUACGGCUUGCUUGCACAGAUACUAUCAGUAAUGUCAAUGUUGGAAUAACCCUGGGAUGCGUAAUAAUGCUUGGCUGUUUUUCAAUUAUUUGCCUGACAUAUUUACAAAUAAUAAUAGCAAUUUUUAAAGUUACUCAACCUGGAGGCAGAUCAAAGGCUUUUUACACUUGCAGCACACAGUUGGUAGUUAUCUGCAUUUUCAUGUUACCAAGAAUAUUUGCAUAUGUCAGUCUUAAUUUUUUUUACAUGCCAUCUGAUCUUAGAAUAGCAUUAGGGUUUUUUUACUCUGUUUUCCCACCAUUCAUACAUCCUGUCAUAUAUAGUCUGCGAACUAAAGAAAUACGAGCCUUUAUAUUGAAAUCAUUCAGGACGAAAAGAAUUAAUAUUCCUGGUGAAAAAUUAGAAAAUAUUUCUGCAUAA